ACUUAUGUUUUAUUGCUAAGUAAAAAAUUUACAAACAUAAAUAUUCAUUGUUAAAAUAAUAAAACAGAUUGAUUAGUUCAAUUGUUGAAUUGAUUUUCAGGCUGUUCUAAAUCAAAUAUUUGUAUUCCGAUAAUAAAAAAAAUUGUAAUGAUAAAUUAAAUUUUGAAUUAUUAAAAAAAAAUUAAAAAGUAAGAGUUAUAGAAAUAAAAAAAAAAUGUAAAAAGGAAAAUGAGGGAGAUUGUUGUUGUACAAGUAGGGAAUUGCGGUAACGUUAUAGGCUCGAAGUUCUGGGAACUCAUAUCCGAUGAACAUGGGAUAGAACCAGACGGGGUUUGGAGAGGCAACACCCGCCUCCAGCUUGAGAGAAUUGAAGUAUACUAUGCGGAAGGCAGAAAGAAGCGCUACUUUCCACGGUGCGCUUGCUUGGAUAUUGACCAAGCCAUCACUUCGGCCGUGCAGUCCGGUCCUUACGGCCGCCUGAUCGACUCGAACAACAUCGUGACCAAGGGUGAUGGGACCGGCAACAAUUGGGCCAGGGGCUACUACACCGAUGGCUUAGAACUGGUCCAGCCCUCCCUUGAUCUCAUUCGGAGACAUUGCGAGUCUACAGAUUGCCUACAGGGAUUUCAGUUAAGCCAAAGCCUGGGUGGAGGAACUGGUUCAGGGUUCGGAUCACUUAUUUUGCAGAAGCUCUCCGAGGAAUAUCCAGACCGCAUAAUCAACACGUAUUCCGUAAUACCUUCUAUUAUGGUGUCGACUGUAGUUGUGGAGCCUUAUAACUGCGUUCUGGGCUUAAAUGUUUUGAUGGAGACUGCUAGUGAGGCAAUAUGCAUGGAUAACGAAGCCAUGAACGACAUCUGUACAAAAACUCUGAAAAUAUCUUUCCCGACGAUAAGAGACGUCAAUCAUCUUAUAUGCAGUGUGAUGACAGGAGUAACGGCUUGUUUCAGAUUCCCAGGACAAUUGAAUACUGACCUUCGGAAAAUAAUGACCAACAUGGUGCCGUUCCCAAGAUUAUCCUUCUUCACCCCUUCGUUAGUUCCACUCAUGUCCAGAGGCUCCAAGCCAUAUUACAAGAUCAGUGUCCCUUCCCUGGUACAAAACAUGUUCGACUCCAGCUACAACAUGUGCCGCAUAGACCCUAGACAUGGAAAGAUAUUGACAGCUGCGGCGGUUUUCAGAGGCAGAAUGUCGCCGAGACAGGUUGAUCAGGCGUUGCUGGCGGUUCAAGACAAAAAUGCAAUGUGGUUUGCAGAAUGGGUACCCAAUAACAUCAAAAGCGCUAUUUGCGAUAUCCCACCACGCGGAACCAGGAUGUCAGCAACUUUUAUAUGUAACAAUACAGCAAUAACAGAAACGUUGAGAAGACAAGUAGGGCGGUUCAGGUCUUUGCUGAAGAAGAAAGCGUUCAUUCAUUGGUAUACAGGUGAAGGGAUGGAAGAAAAGGACUUCAUCGACGCAGAGACCAAUGUGGUGGAACUUAUAACGCAGUACGUCCAGUACCAAGAAGAUAAGCAUCGAUCUACGAUGGAACCAGCCGAAGAAGGUGAAAAUGAAAAUGACGAUGAUGAAUAAAGUUGGAAAAAUUAAAUAGCUUAUGAAAACAUUUAUUGUAAUAACAAAUUUU